CACUUACUCUACGUACAGUUACUUGAAUGAUUUGAUUCAUUGUAUUGUGGAUCUAAAAACUGUUAUGAACAGGUAGGAUACUAUACGUUCACCUCUUGACAGUUCUUCUUGCCGAAUCCAUCACUUCAAUCCACACAUCUACAGCAUCUCAUCAAGUGAACGAUCUCUCGCUGCCACCACCUGUAUCGCAUCAUUCUUGCACGUCUUCCAACCAUAUCUCUUUGUCUUCUGGCUGUCUCAUUCACCCCAACCUUCUCGGCAUCUCAUAGCUUCUCCUCCCUGCUCAUGCAGUCUCCCCCCCAGCAAGAUGCUCCAUUCUCACCCCCCAGCUCCGAGAAACAACCGUGCAUAUGCAAGAGCGCCUAGAGCACCUAGAGCACCUAGAGUACAUAGAGGUCACUUUCAAUCAGCUCUGCAUGCACAGCCUCUUGUACAUUCUCAGCCUUUCUCCCGAGGUCAACAGCACCAUCAUUUGAACUCCCGUGGAACACAAUCACAUAUUUACGGAAGUCAGAGAGGUCGUCCUAGAGGACAAAUGUAUACAGCCAACUUUCAGCCAUCAUGGGGAGCACCAAACAGUAACGGAGCUCCCAGCCGUAGUCGUUCCAACUACAGAGGCCGCAGAUCCAGGAAGAAGUUUCCAGCCAAUACUAGAUCUCAGAACUCUAGACAUCUUACUACAAUGUCUACAGCUCCAUAUUUCAAUAUCAAACGUCUAUCUUCCGGUUCGACUGAAGGGAAAGCAGUAGCGCAGAUACCCUCGCCAUUCCAACGGCUCCCACCGGAAAUUCGAGACCAAAUCUAUGACCAUAUAUUUGAACCUCACCGUGUCGAGCUCAUACGAAGAAGCGAGAAAGAUCUGACUAAACACCCAAAGAGAGUGUACUACCGCCUAUAUCAUAACCAGCUUCGAUCGCGCGAUCCCAUCACGCAGCAAAUUCAGGACCCCUGUCGGAAAACUCAACUCCCUGUGCCCAUAGCACUGGUUUUUACAUGUCGCAGUAUCUACUGCGACACCCUUUGGUGGCUGUACUCAACUACCCAAUUUGUCUUCACUUCGACGAAGACUAUGAACCGCUUCUUCAACACCAUCCCCUCGGAAGUACAGCCUGCAAUUCGACAUGUCGAGAUCAACCAGGAAAUGCACAGUGAACCAAGUUUAACCGAGCAUCGUAUACACAAGGUCCGAAGUGACUGGGCUUUCACAAUGGCAUGUGAGAACUUGGUGAGGUGCUGCUCAGGACUGCAAGUCUUGUACAUUUACUUUCGCAUCCGUGACUGGCCCAUGAGCCUCGAGAUCGGCGAAACAUGGUCAUUGCCAAUGAUGGCCUUUGCGGAAUACAAAGGUAAAGGCGGCUUGGACGUCGUCACCAUCAAUCUCGAUAUGCCAAGGUUUGGUGUCCAGAAGUUGAAGAAUAUGGCCAAAACAUUGGAAAAACGAUUCAUGAAGCCCAAGGCGUUCCAGAUCAGGGAGGAUGAGCGAUUGGCUAGAGAGUUAAGUUGCUCUUUCAUGGAAUUGCGGGUAGAGGGAAAUUACUGAUAUUUCUCUUUCGUCAAUGUCCUCGUCAGUUUGAUAGUGAAUAUGAAGAUUAAUCUCAGGUGUUCGAAGAGUGGGGGAAGAUUGAUCGUUGAUAUUUGUUUCUUCUUUUUCUUUCCUUUCUUUUUUCCUUCUUUCUUUUCCGAGUUACUCAUUUAUGGUUUCAUGAGAUAACCGCAACAUGUUUCUAUGAUAGGUCUCUUUUCU